AUGAGCAUUGACUUAGAGGCAAGGCUCACUGAAACCGAAAGGGUGAUUUUCGAGCUGAUAAGAAGCCAUGCCAGAAGGCUUGGCAAUGUUGUUCCAAGGGUUGCUGGAGGAUGGGUAAGAGAUAAGCUGAUGGGAAACUCAUGCUUUGAUAUGGACAUUGCAUUGUCAAACAUCAGUGGAUAUGGGUUUGCAUCAGGGCUAAGUGAAUCCGCAACAGGUCACAGGGUGACUACAGUGCAUGUAAUCAAGAACAAUCAUGAGAAGUCAAAGCAUCUGGAGACGGCUGUUGUGAGAAUAAAUGAUAUAUGUGUGGAUUUUGUUGGCCUGAGGAGUGAGACGUAUUCUGACGCAAGGGUUCCUUGUGUAGUGCCUGCAACGCCGGAAGAAGAUUCGUUUAGAAGGGACCUAACAAUCAACUCGCUGUUCUACAAUUUAUUUACGAAUACAAUUGAAGAUCACACAGGACGAGGGAUAGAGGAUAUACGCAACAAGGUGUUGGUUACACCAUUAGAUCCAAAAAUCACGUUGUUUGAUGAUCCGCUGAGGAUAGUUAGGAUCCUCCGAUUCCACUCAAAACUCAAGUUUGAUAUUGAUGAGAGCAUAUAUAAUGCAAUGGAGGAUGAAGAGAUCCGUAAGGCACUGGCAAGAAAGGUUUCGAAUGAGCGAAUUUACAUUGAGAUAUCGAAGAUGAUCCACUAUCCUAUGGGGCAAUAUGGACUGCUGGAAAUAAUCAAGAGAGGAUAUGUAGGGCCGAUAUUCAAGCCUCCUGUUUGGAAAGAGCAGUCUUAUGAGCAGGGAGUUAGGUUUAUAGAAGCAGUUGAGGAAAUCACCAAUCUAUGUGCUAGGCCAUACAGGCGAGAGAUCCUUUGCCUUUAUACUAUUUUGUGUUUUUUCAGUAGGCAAACGGUUGCGGGGUACAAGAAGAGUGCAUACUGCAAUACGUAUAUAAUGAAGAAUUCUCUUCCGUCAUCAAAGGCCUUUGUUAAGACAAUAGACAGUAUUGAAAAGAGCCUUGCCUUUCUGGACACACAGGAUCUGGAGAAUCUUGGGAUUGAAGGCCUCAUAAGAGUGGUAAGAUGUAUGGGAGAAAUGUGGUAUGAGUCUCUUAUCAUUUACUGUGGAAUAGAGCACAUGCAAAGUGCAAAGGGGAAGUUCAAGAAUGGGCUAGGCAUAAUAUGCAGGAUAAUACAGGAGUCUAUUGAAGAGUACUAUAAGGCCACGUCAAUAGUAGAUGCAAGCAGCCUGAUAAGAGAGCUUGGGAUUGUAGAAUGCGAAAUGCGAUUCUAUAUUGAGGAAGGAAUUGUGUACCAGCUUGUAAGCCAGACUGAUGAUCCUAGAAAGGUUGUCGAGCAUUUGAAACGAAUCAAGGGCUUGCGAUGA